AUGGCGACCACACCCACUCUCCCGGGCGACUUCGGCGAAGACGUUACCGUUCCGAGACCUUUCACCCACAAUGUUCCAGACAAUCUACGCAGGGCGAAUGUACGCCUCCAAUUUCCUCCGGCCUAUGUCGUCGUCGGCGUAUACAGGCUAUUCACAGACAAGAAGCUAUACGGUCCGGCCUGGAAAAAAUGUGAACAUGGUGCAGUCAGGGGCUUGACCAUCGGACUCGUAUGGGCGACGACGACGUUUAAGAUGCAACGUAAAUUCGUUGAGAUCUUCCUUAUAAAUUCUCCUCGAGUUACGGGACUAUCAAAGGAAUCAGUCUUUGGAUUCGGCGUUCCGUUCGAUCUACCAACAUAUGCAACCGUCAUGUUUCUGUCCUCUCAGAUUACGGUGAUCCUGACCUGGUGCCUCUCCCACAACCUCCGUAUCGCCCGCGAACGCGCGUACAACCAGACCAUCGAAUCGCGAGGCAAAGGGUCCGAGUUUUGGCAACCGUAUGUCGAGGAGUGGGACGUUCCCCCACACGUGGGCGGUAGUGGCUGGGGAAAGUUCUUCGGCGGUGGCUUGGGCAAGAUAGUGGUCAAGAUCGGGUUAUAUCCCUUUGACUUCGUGCCUUUGGUUGGUAUUCUUGUAUCCGCUUGGCUCCGAGCAUUGGGGACAGCGCGGUAUCUUCACCGGCCAUACUUCCAAGCUAAGGGGAUGACAACGACGCAAGUGUCCGUCUUCAUAGAAGAGCGCAAGUGGGACUACAGAGCGUUUGGAUUCGCCGCCGCUCUUCUGGAGCGCCUACCACUGGUGGGGCUUGUGUUCUCCAUCUCGAACCGCAUUGGUGCUGCGAUGUGGGCGCAUGAUCUCGAGAAACGGCAGCAUUAUGUCGCCGAAUUAAAGAUUAGCAAAAAUGGACAGGUUGCUCCCCAGUGA